AUGAUCACCGGCCUCUCGCUCAUGGCGGAGGCGGGCUCCGGGAUGGCCGCCAACUGCAAGGGAGGGGCGGACUACAACAAGUACGACAAGGAGAACGCCGUCGACGCCGACGGGAGGCGCCUCGGCAGCAACCUCUCGCUGGCCCUGGUGCCCUCGGCGGAGGACGCGAGGCUUCUCGCCGCAGCCAAGGAGAAGUCGCAGGAGGAGAAGAACAUCGCCAUCGGGAUGUGCGUGUUCGACGUGCUGCAGGCUGCGAUGUUCUUGGCGCGCGCGGGCGCCCUCAUCGAGGAGGUGAUCUAUACGUGCAAGGAGACAGAGCGGGUCGAGUACACAUAUGAGAAGGAGCAGGCUAUGAAGUCGGACGGGAAGGAAGUUGGAAGUCUGGGUUCGGUGAACAAAGUCGCGACGAGCUUGAAGGAGAAAUCUCUGAAGGCCGCCCAGGAGUAUUUGGACGAGGCGGAGAAUAAUUUGCCGGAGGGAGAGGAGGACGCACGCAGGCUCGGCGCGCUUGGGAAGUCGCCGAUCUUCAACAUCACCGUCGCAGACAAGAAGCAUGCACAGCGGAUCUGUGCCGUCAACGUGCUCCACUUGAUCUCGUCGUUCGCCUACGUUGCCUCUUUCCUGUCUUUCUCUGCCGCCAAGUGCGCCGAGACGAAGAGCUACAGCGCCGCUUGCGCCGGAGGCAUCAUCAACGUGAUCACGAGUCUGACAAUCGUGUCGGCGAGCGCCAUGGAUUUUGAAAACUCCUGCGCACAGGUCGGCAAGAACAACACCAACAAGAGCCACUUCGAGGAAAACCCCUCCGCGCGGCGCCUCAGAGAGGCCACUGAGGCGCUGGCCAACCUGGUCGUGUGA